AUGUACGUCGCCUUCUUAUACGUCAUGCCUCUGCGAGUGCCCACCAACCAGGCAAGCAUCUACGUAUGUAGGCUGUUCAGGUGUAUCAGAAUAACGGCAAAGACGAGUCUCGCUGUAUACUGCAGCAGGUUCGAUGAAUAUGCACCAAACGGCCCGAAACAUGGCCUACCCUGUUGCCGGGUGCCGCCUCAGACGCGAUCCGCCCUCGGGAUUCUACAGCCGGACUCACAACUCAUGAGCUGUGUUAAUCAUCUCGCAUGA